GCAAAGUUUGGGCAACGAGGACCGGAAGUGUGCGCCGCAGAGGCAGCUCCCCGGCGACUCGGCGCCGGAAGUAGUAGUGGCUGGAGAGGAAUUCCGCCGGCUUCGCGAUGGCUGCGAUUCCCCCCGACUCCUGGCAGCCGCCCAACGUGCACUUGGAGACUAGCAUGGGGAUCAUUGUGCUGGAGCUCUACUGGAAACAUGCACCAAAGACCUGUAAGAACUUCGCUGAGUUGGCUCGUCGAGGUUAUUACAAUGGCACCAAAUUUCACAGAAUCAUCAAAGACUUCAUGAUCCAGGGAGGGGACCCAACAGGGACAGGUCGAGGUGGUGCCUCUAUAUAUGGCAAGCAGUUUGAAGAUGAACUUCAUCCUGACUUGAAAUUCACGGGGGCUGGAAUUCUCGCAAUGGCCAAUGCAGGGCCAGACACCAAUGGCAGCCAGUUCUUUGUGACUCUAGCCCCCACCCAGUGGCUUGACGGCAAACACACCAUUUUUGGCCGUGUGUGCCAAGGUAUAGGAAUGGUGAAUCGAGUAGGAAUGGUGGAAACAAACUCCCAGGACCGCCCUGUGGAUGAUGUGAAGAUCAUUAAGGCAUACCCUUCUGGGUAGACUUGCUGCUUUCUUGGGCACACCCAUGUGUUCUGCAGUGACUCCAGUGAACCAGCUUCCAGAUGACCUAGAGAAACACGUAACUCUAAACUCUAUUCUGGACUAGCAAAUCAUGGUGCUAAGGAAGCCGGGGUCUCGGAUGAGUUAGAGCUGGAAGUGUAUUUUAAUAGGAUGCUUCUUUUCUCUUCCACUGGCUCCUAGGUUGACAGAGCAUUUGCAGAAAUGACCAUACAGGAUCAUUUACAGAUGACUUCUCACUGUGAAUGAGCAUACUGCUUCUCCUUGUGUGUGUCUGCUCUAAUACACUUGGAACAAAAUGAAGCCGACUCUGUCAUUUUGCAGUGCCUAAGCAAACUUCUUCCUGCAGAGAUUUAUAUUCUGGCCUACACUGCAUCUUUGGUGGCUGACAGCCACAGAAUUCAAAACCCAGUAGUGUCUAUCGGCCUUCUUAACUCUGUGCACACCCUUUUUCAGUCUCCUACAUUUGCUCUUCCACGGAAUGUAUAUAUUUCUCUAUAGAUUUUCCUUCUUGAAACCAGAACAUCAACACUGCUGUUUCUGACACUUAGACAUCCCACGUAAAACCACAUUGAAUUUUUGCCAAAUGAAAAAUGCAGCCAACAAUCAAGUUUCUAAGAAGGUGUCAAGUGGGGAAUGAUAAUGUGUAAUAAUAAUGGAGAAAUGAACUUAUUAAAAGGAAGCAGAAGCAUUGACCAUUUUUUUCUCCAGGAAGGAAACCUGUACAGAGCAUAAAGAUAGACUAUAAAUUCUCCUUAAAAAGCAGUAUUCUCAUAAAGGAGAAGCACCGCUUCAGCUUUUUUAAGUCUAAGACUAGAGAAAUUAGAUAAGAGAUUUUACAAAUUUCUUUUUUUUUUAAUCUUCCUGAUUUUUUAAGGGGGUGCUGGUGAGAGAAAGGAAAUAAAUACGUUUGUAAUACAUAGAAACUUCUGAAAUAAAAUGCCCCUGAGGGUUGAAAGCACUGCUAUGGUCUGGUGUAAGUAUUGUCUGAAGUUGUAACAGCCAUUUUAACCUCUGAACCAUCUCAACUAGCAUUGCAGGGCUCACUUCAAGAUCUCACAUCAUUUUAGAUUUGUGGGUCUCCAGUGGACUUCCCCCAUUCAAGAGCAGGUCUGACUUGAAAAGGGUAGUGCUGGAAAAAGAAGCUAAGUGACGUUGAUUGGCAUUUCUGAGUGAAGGGGAGCCAUCUAUAGAUUACCCAGGUGAAUGUGCUGAGAGACCUAACUCAUUCCUUGAGCUGGCAGGAGAUCCACCUUCUCAUGGCCUUACGGACUCAGAGGCAGUAUGUGUUGUGAUGUUUGCUUCCUUAAACUGGUAGCUCCUUGAUUGAAAAGGGGAUUAUUGUAACUUUAAUGUUCUUCCUUAUCACUCCAAAGAGUUUGGAAAUGGUGAAAGUUCCUUACGUAAUGGCUAAACAAGAUUCUAUCCCUGAGCCUUCCCCACAUCCACCCUCUUCUCUGUCCUCCUGUUUCUCCUGACAAAAAAACAAAACCCAACAGCAAACAAUGUAAAUAACUUUGUAAUUUCCCAGGGAUGGUUUUUGCAUGCAGAAUAUUGUUCUCUACUCUGGGUAAGCAGAAAUAAAUUUCUUUCAGUCUGGA